GGUAUGGAACGGUACGCCGAGUGGGAACACGUACUUUGAAAGGCAACGUUAAUCAAAAUGAGGUUUGCUUACCAGUUCAGUAAUUUACUAAGUACCGUGUAUCACGAAGGGAAUCUAAUUUUCUCAUCCGAUGGAGACUCGGUCAUCAGCCCUGUUGGUAACCGCAUCACGAUAUGCGAUCUUAAGAGGAAUAAGUCAAUGACGCUUCCCGUGGAAAGCAGAUACGAUUACACAGCGAUAGAUCUUUCUCCUAAUGGAUAUACUCUGAUCGCGAUUAACGAGGAGGGUGUUGCACAAGUAAUUAAUAUGUUAAGUCUAUUGACCAUACACAAGUACGAAUUUGAUAAAAGAGUCGCGUUUGUAAAAUUUUCUCCAAAUGGGAAACAUUUUGCAGUGGGCAAAGGGAGCAACGUAUUCGUUUUUAAGGCACCGGGGAUAGAGACCGGUGAAUUCUAUUCGUUCGUCAUGGAGAAAGUUUUACGUAGAUCCAGCAACGACGUAACUUGUAUCAGUUGGUCUUUCGAUUCAAAAUUGUUAGCAGUUGGGUCGAAAGAUUCUUUGAUACAGUUGUACAGCCUCGAGAGAUUUAAAAAUUUUAAAAUGUAUACUCUUGGCAGUCACUCCGACUCCGUCGUGGGAUGUUUCUUUGAAGCGAAUAGUUACGAUAUUUUUACUACGAGUAGGAACGGACAUCUUUGCGUGUGGGAAUGUAACAUGGAUCCGAACGAGCUAGUGUCGUUUCAACCACCGGUUAAGAAAAGCAAAAGGAAUACGGAGAGUGACGCCGAAGACAACGUGGACCUCGACAGGGCGAUCGAACAACCGAAUAACAAGACGAGACCGAACGUUCGGUCCAGCUCAGCGCAAAAAGCCGUGAUCUUCAGAGGAAAAUUAGGGAGAAGAGAACGGUUUCACUACAAACGAUUGGCAAGGCAUUAUCUGGCCGACGAGGUCCGCAAAGACGCCAAGGAUGCCGUUCUCACGGCGGCGACGUAUCACGCGGCGACUCGCAUCUUCGUGGCGGGAUUUAGCAACGGGGCGUUCUCUUUAUACGAAAUGCCCGAAGUCAACGCGAUCCAUUCCCUGAGCAUCGCGAACCAGCGGAUCUCGUCUAUCGCGAUCAAUUCGAGCGGCGACUGGAUAGCGCUGGGCUGUUCCAAGUUGGGCCAACUCCUGGUAUGGGAAUGGCAGAGCGAGACUUACGUGAUGAAGCAGCAGGGCCACGGCGGGGCCAUCCACUGUCUGGCGUACAGCCCCGACGGCCGGUACGUCGUCACCGGCGGGGACGACGGGAAGGUCAAGCUGUGGAACACGGCGAGCGGGUUUUGCACGGUCACCUUCGACGAGCACUCCGCCACCGUUUCCGGGGUCCUCUUUAGCAGGAACCGGAAAUUCGUCGCGUCCGCGUCGUUGGACGGCACCGUCAGGGCUUACGAUCUGGCCCGGUACCGAAACUUCCGGACCCUGACGUCGCCUCGACCGGUCCAGUUCUCCUGCGUGGCGCUCGACGCCAGCGACGAGUUCCUCGCGGCCGGCGGCCAGGACGUCUUCGACGUCUACUUGUGGAGCGUCAAAGUGGGCUCGCUCUUGGAGGUCCUCAGCGGCCACGAGGGGCCGGUCUCGUCUCUGGCGUUCAGCCCGAGCUCGGCCAGCGCGACGCUGGCCUCCGUCUCCUGGGACGGGACCCUCAAGCUGUGGAGCGCCAUCGAGAGCGGCCUGGUCCACGAGACCGUUCGACUGACCGCGGACGGCCUGUGCGUCGCCUUCCGGCCGGACGGCCAGGAGCUCGCGGUCGCCACUCUCGACGGGCAGAUCUCCUUCUUCGACCGCAGGACCUCGGACCAGACCGGCGCCAUCGAGGGUCGGCAGGACCUGGGCGGCGGCAGGGCCGACGCCGACCUCGUCACGGCUCGGCAGAGCUCGGAGGGCAAGGCCUUCACCACCCUGUGUUACACCGCGGACGGGGCCUGCGUGCUGGCGGCCGGAAGCUCCAAGAACGUCUGCAUCUACGACGUCCGGACGAGCAUCCUUCUCAAGAGGUUCGAGAUCACGCGGAACAGGUCCUUCGCCGCCGUCGACGAUUUCGUCAACAGGAGGAACAUGACGGAGUUUGGAAACCUGAAUCUGGUGGAGGGACGCGAGGAGACCGAAGGCGGAACCGUCACCCUGAGACUCCCUGGGGUUAGACGCGGCGAUAUGGCUAGCAGGAGCGCCAAGCCGGAAGUUAGAGUCUUCAGCCUGCAGUUCUCCCCUACGGGGCAAGCUUGGGCGGCCGCGACGACGGAAGGCCUGAUGAUUUACUCCUUGGACGCGAAUUUGGUCUUUGACCCGUUUCUCCUUGGACUCGACGUCACUACGGACGCCGUGAGGGAAACUCUCCGCAAAGGCGACUUGACUCAAGCCUUGAUGAUGGCUCUGAAACUCAACGAGACCGAGCUGAUCCAACGAGUCGUAGAAAGCGUCCCCCAUGACUCCGUUGCGUUGACGGUUAGGAAUUUACCGGAAGUAUACAUCGAGAGGGUACUGAAACACGUCGCCUUCGUUCUGGAGUCGACGCGGCACGUACACUUUUACUUGAUUUGGAUCGAAGCAAUUUUAACCAGCCACGGACACAGAUUCAACUCGGCGCUCCAGCUGCCGACUCUGCUGGCGAUUCGGAAGAACGUGCAGCGCAAGUACGACGAUCUCAACAAAAUAUGCGACUUCAACCGAUACACCUUGAGGUUUCUGAACGACGUCGGAAAGGUAUUAAUCGCAAAAGUUCCUACCGAGGACGAGGAGGGGAUCGCCGAAUCCACGGACGACGAGAACGAGGGAGACGUGGAAAUGGACUCCGACCGAUGCCAUUCGGACGUAUCGACCGAAGACGCGGAAGCAGGACGCACGACUCCAAAUUAAAUUUUUAUUAAACACUG